UGCUCUUCGAUGUUGUGCUGCGUUUCGAGAAGAGCUGUCGCAGGGGCGGACCAAGGGCCCCCCUACGAUCAUCAUUCCUCUAAAGAGCAACCUGUCAACUUGGAAAAAGUGGUACAACUCGAACAAUCCAGUGAACCAGAUGUGCCGCCCAUCCUACUGCCGUGCGCGAUUUGCGCACGGACCUUUAUGCCGCAGUCGCUGGAGAAGCACUCUAAGAUUUGCGAGCGAUCGACGAAUAGGAAGAGGAAGCCCUUCGAUUCGGCUAAGCAGAGGAUCCAGGGUACCGAGCUGGCUGAGUUUCUGCCCAGGCAGGAGAAGAAGCGACGGUCACCGGAAGACAGGUCCUCUUCGAAGCCAAGGUCUACCUGGAAGGAGACGCAUGAUGAUUUUCUGCGGGCCAUUCGCGCGGCUCGUAACGAAGUCGUUGAUUCCACGAUGCAGAAGCAAUGUGGCGGCACAACGAUCACUCCAAAUGCGCCGACGCGUGCUAACGAACAGGGCAUGUGUCCCACCUGCAAUCGGCAUUUUGGCGUUAAAGCUUACGACAGACACGUAGCCUGGUGCAAGGAAAGAAUUACGCGGGUGUCGCUCAGUCCCGCGACGAACAUCGCCAAGGAACGUCUGGAAGCUCGGAUGAAGUAUCGUGCUCCUGCGGUGAAGAGUCGUCGACAGGCGACCCGCGAGAAGUACUCACCUGGCUCAGCGAUUAACCUGAGUUCCGGCAACAAGACAUCGCCAACGCUGGCCCCGAGUAAAGCUAAAGAGAGUGCAUCGGCACCGAGCUGCAAUAAGAGCAACGACAGCCCUGUUAAACAGAAAUCGACUGUCGUCAAACGUCCUGUUCAAACAAAAGAGUUCUCCAGUCCCGGUGUUUCCAUGAAGUCGCGAUUAAUGGAUCGUAUAAACAGGCAACUGGAAGACGAGGCUGGACCGACUACCUUCCGUUCUGUCCUCCCUGUUAAAAGAAUCUCCCAUCUCCCUGUUCCGCCCCUAAAAUAUAAGAGAGAAAGUUUCGACCAGUGCAACAGCCUUCCUUCACCGAAAUUGUGCAAGAGACAGCCAAGAAGAGCACAGGCCAAGCUUAAACCAGACGAUAUCACGAGCCAGAGAGUUAAACAAGAUGAGAAGCAAGCAUCGCAUUCUGCUAGGUCACUGAAGGCGAAUAUCGUCUCAGCAAGGAGUCAGGGCCAUCCUAAAGUGAACGACGUUUCUAUUAACAAUGAUAUUGUAGGUAUCACUGUGAAACCUUGCAACAUAUACAAAGAAAAUCAGCUAACAACGUGGAAGCAGAUCGUGGAGGCAGAUCAGGUAAAGGAUGAAAAGGGAAAACGUAUCGAAGAUCUACGUUUGAAUGAGAAACAACUGGAGGAUGAUUUUAUAUUUAACGAGGAUGUGUUCAUGGAAGGUAGGAGGAAAUUAAGUUACAGAAGUGGAAGCACAAACUCGUUGACCAGUACGCCCAUGUUGAAUCAAACGUAUUCGCUCAGAGAUCUAAUGGUGAGUGAUAAGCUUGAUGAUAUGCAAAUAACAAAGAAUAAGAAAUGGAAACCUGUGAAGCACAGUCCUCGUAUAGAAUUCUGUUUAGGAGAUCCGGAUAAGACAAACCAGGUUUACGUUCCUCCAAUUAGUCCCAUUCUUUCUGGGGAUAUGAACAGGAAAGAAGGCACUAAAAAUUCACGCAAGAAUUUGAAGGAAGAAAAUUUUAAAUCAGCAAAUUCGAAGUACUGUCCAACGAAGGAUGAAGGUAUGACGAAUGAGGCUGGACGUCAAGAUAAUGAUUUAUAUUUUCAAACCUUUCGCGUGGAAUCUCCUCUUGAUAGCUUUAAAUCCUCGAGGAGUAGAAUUUUAGAGAGAAAAGGAUUAAAAUCGACAACUUAUGCUGAUAUUUCUGUGCGAAAUUAUACUAAUUCUGAGACGAUGGAAUCACCGAAAAGCCUACACGAGAAUAAUACGUCUAUCGAUACAUUAAAUACUAUACCAAUUAUAAAAGAGAAAAUCCCAUUGAAUUACGAAAAUACAUAUACUGUACACACAAACGAAGAUACCAGUGUGAGAGAAGAAAAUGUGAAGGAACCCCUGAUAAGUUUACCCGAAGGAAAUUUAUAUUCUGUAACUUCCUACGAGCAAUUUGCAAAUCUCGAUGAACUUAAUGACUUCUGUGAGAUAAGUGAACCUGAAAGAAAUAAUAUUUUUAACGAUAUACAAGAAGCAAAUCAUGAAGUAAGUCAAAUGACAUUAUACAAUGAUCGACCAAACAGCGAAACAAAUCAGUCAGUAUAUAUUAAAAAUAUUAAAACAAUCGAUGAUGAAUUUGAUUUUGAUACACAGAAUUCAGCUCGAUCGUUUCAAAAUGAAUUUACAGAAAUUGGGAACAUAAAUGAUGAUAGGGAAUUUUAUAACUCUGAAACGAAUUGGAAUGAAAUAGAAACUGAUCCAUAUUUCAUGGAGGUUAUGUUACAACCAACUAGAUCAAGCACUCCGUUCAUUAAUGUCGUACAUUGUACAAAACCAAACUUCGAGGAUUGCGAAGACUAUAAGCAAGAUCAGUGUCAAUUACCAAUGAAUUCCGAAUGGAAAGAGGAAAUAGACACUCGAACAGGGUCUGAGGUGUUAUAUCGAGUUGAAAGCAGAGAUUCGAAUUAUUCAAGCUCUGAUAAAAUUGACAAACUAGGAAAGAUUAAAUCCAAAGUUACUUCUCCUGACAGAAGAUCUGCCAAAUUUAAUAAAAAUUUAAAAAAUUCAUCAGAGAUUACUUCUCCAGUUGUACAGAAAGAGAACAAAAACUCAAGACCUGUAUCCUCUAUGCUAAAUAAAAGGGAAGACAGAUCUCCAAGGAAUAAUUCUUCAAUGAUGCAAAAGGAUGGGCAAAUAAAAUUUCCAAAAAUACACAAAAAGGAAAUUGCCAGUCAAAUAAAUAUCUGUAAAUGUUCAGUAGAAGUCUUUCCAAGUCUCCAAUGUGAAAGGGGUGUUGGUGAUGCUUGCAUCCAUACCAUUGAGAGCACUUCUUAUUCAGAACCACAGGUUUGUAGCACAACGUGUAAUAAGAAUAUGCAAAGAGAUGAAACAGCAAAGGAAUCUUCAGAAAGACAAAAGCCAAACUUCAAUGAAGCUAACUUUAAUACCAAACCAAGUGAAUCUUCCAUAAAUCAGAUUAACCAAAAUCAAGAAGUUCCUAAUUGUAAGAAGAAGUUUACUGCCAUCAAAGGCAAUAUGGUGAUAAAUAAAACACCAAAAAUUUUGGAAGAAUUGACAGUAAAGGAUGACACAAAUAACGAAGUCCAAGAGAUCUAUUCAGCAGAAGACUUCAACUGCAACAGUGAUAAUAGCAUCGAUCAUCAAGAUACAAUUAUCGACUUCAAAUCCUCCAGCAAGAACCAUAAUGUCAAGCAGAGCUUGCAAAGCUUGCGAUCGAUAGUUCUGUCAGAAUCUUGCGUUAAACUGAGUCAACGUAUUCGCCUGCAGGACUCGUCCAUGAGUCGAUCAACAGCCUUGAAGUCGCGUCGAUUGAAAACGCUUGGGCUAGAAAAUAGCAUUCAUGCGAGACAAGUGGACUCUGUUGAAGUAGAGACAAUCGAGGAGAUUGGCACUAGAAACAGGAGCAUCAGGUUCAGAGUGUUGCCUAAGAUCAAGGGCACCACUGUGGUGACGAAGGAGGACUAUCGCGAGAAAGGGAGAAUGAAUAGUCAAACGUAUUGGGAGAAGGCGUCUAAAGCCUCGAGGAAUCGAUUGAUUAAUCUAGAUCCACCGUAUCAGGGGGCGAGCAGGUUUCUCACGAGAAAUCCGAAAGUUUGUAUUCUUCCACCUGUCCCCAGUAACUCUUCCUUGAUAAACCACAGGAAUAUAAAACUGCCAUUACGUCCGGUAUGGAGCAAUUAUGUGCGCAGAAGACCGGAUUUUAAUCUCGUACUUAGCGGUAGAACCGGCAAGGAUUACGAUCCUUUCUUGCUAGCAGAGCAGCAGAUGAAUGACCUGCUCUCGGACACCAGCGAGCAAUCCGUGACGGACAGUCCUCCGGCCGGGCAAAACCGCAAUUCCUCUUUUCCCCUCUCUCAUUCCUCUGCUUUCAUUAAAUACCCCUGCCCGUCGACCUUGUCGAGCCCUGAAAAACGCUCGUCCUUGAUAGCUCCUCCCUCGGAAUUCGACGACCUCAUGUCAGACUUCUCUAGCGACUCCACUGAGACCAACUCGUUGUCGCGCGAGGUUUUCCUGAAAGAUCUGAAAGACAACAAGGAAUUCAAGGAGUCUAUCUCUAGGACUGACCUAGACAAGAAAUCACCAGUCAGAGAGUUGGGUAGACGAGUGAUCAUCGAUAAGUCGAAAGCACUGGGAGGGGACGUGAUAGACGAGACCAGUCGUGGUAGCAGAAGCUUCGUUGGCAGCUCUGAGAGGGCUCGCAAGAUUCUCGACAAGGUCUCGCCAAAAGUGAUCAGACCCACGAUCAAUCGUUCGAUCUCGGUCCGUGCAUCCUCCGCGCCCAAGGUCACGCCUGAUCGAAAUAAUUCGAGCUCUCACGAGCAUAGAUCGUUGCAUAAGAAUAUAGAUGGUCAGAGGUCGUCGAAUAACAGUUUGAACAGUAGGAAUAAUAAUUAUACGAAUUUAUCGAGCAGUAAUUUGAGCCUCAGCUCGAUCAUGUCCUCGGAUGUGGACAUCAAACGAUCGAACUCUGUGUUCGACGAGUUGAUGACCUCGUUCGAGGAUGAGAACGGGAGCUUCCCUUCCUUGAAAUCCUUCAUCAAGAACGAUUCCUUGUCUAGCCCCGUCCACGGCAGGCAGCGCAAUGGCCAGAUCAGCGAUGAAGAACUGUCUUCGCCUGAGAGCUACAAGAGGCAGGAUCACAAUAAGAUGAGCGGGGAUUCUGCUUAUAGCAGUUUAAAUCGCAAAUAUUCGCACCAUGGACGCAGCACCAACGACGUGGCUGGACGCUUCGACGAGGAAUCCAGGAGCAAUCGUCGCGACGGCGAUGGCGUAACAACGACGCCCAAGUGCAAGAUGUCCAAAUUUUGUCACGAGUGCGGCUCCAAGUUUCCGGAAACUGCCAAGUACUGUUGCGAAUGCGGCAUAAGGAGGCUCGUGCUCUGAAACUGCCCACUGCUCGACCGCCAUGAACGACAACAACGCAAUAAAUCGACUUCGCCCGGAUUGUUCCAACGACCGAACACGAGAAGUUAGAAAACACGAGGCAGAAUUACAGACCACUGUCUACUUAAUAUCGCAAUCGAAGAAACGAUUCGAACGCAAACAGUCGUGGUAGGCACGUGUUGGAAAAUACAGCAUUGGCACGAAGGAAUUGAAGAGUUAUUUUAAAUGUUCGUGUAACGUUAAAAGAGAGGAUUUUAUUCUUGCAAUUUAGAGUUAAAGCUGUAUAUCUAUGUACUCUAGUCACUGGUAUUUUGGUCGUCGUAAAAUUGACAGAAAGUAGAGUCAAAUUGUCCAGUAUUAGGGAACACGCGAGAGAACAGAUGUUAAUUGCAAUUGCAUGUCAGUUGCAGAGGAUAGAGUCGAGUUGCAAUGUAGAGGGUUUCCAUUAUUACUGUAGUUAGCACGAGAGCUGUCAAAGAGUGUUAGAGGUUCAGUUGGCUUAG